AUGGACACAAUGGAUUAUAAAGAGCUUGGGCAGCAUUUCGAAGAGAAACUGACACUGACGGAUAAAUCUCUGCCCUUGCAAGGUGACUGUCCACCCAUCCGAAAUGGAGAUAAGUGUCUACCAAGCGUGUUUCUGACGCCGGACGACUCAGCCAUCACCGACCUUUCCCCUAAAACUGAUUCCGGCACUAAAGCGGAAACCCCGACCGAUACCGACGCGUCAUGUAAGAUGGAAAAGCCCGUCGCGGGCACAGUCGCCCCUCAAGCCCCCAAGAAAGAUGUUAUGAACUCAGAACAGCGACAAAAACUCGCAAAGCAACGACGAGAAGAAAGAGCAAAAUACAUCGAACAGCAAACGCAGCUGCAAGCGGCAAAGAAAGCCCAAUGGCUGGAGAAGGAAGAGAAGGCCCGACGUUUGAGAGAAAGCCAACUGGAGGACCGCAGGAGGAAGCUGGAGGAACAAAGACUGAAGGCUGUAAAGCGUCGAGCUCUUCUGGAGGAGAAACAAAAGCUUAAAUUUGAGAAAAACAAGGAGCGAUACGAGUCGGCCAUCAAGAGGUCCACCAAGAAGACAUGGGCUGAGAUCCGGCAGCAGAGAUGGUCCUGGGCGGGCGGACUCAACCAGACCUCCCGCAGGGAAAGCAGGUGCUCAGCUUCUACAGUCAACUUGCCGAGACAGGUGGAGCCUGUUAUUAACAACAGACUGUCCAAGUCUUCUGCCACGCUUUGGAACUCUCCCAACAGAACCCGCAGCAUGCGUCUGAGCCCGUGGGAGAGUAAGAUCGUGGAGCGGCUCAUGACGCCUACGCUUUCCUUCCUGGCUCGCAGUCGCAGCGCCGCCACCCUGUUCAACAGCAGUGAUUCGUACUCUCACCACUGCUCCCGUUCAGCUUCGGCCAGCCCGCUCAACUGCUCCUCACGGCAGCACCAGAGCUCCGAACGCUGGAGGGUGUCGUCCGCCAGUACGCCCGACAUCACCCAGCGCCACCGCCAACGGAACUCCACACCGGUUGACAGAAAGAAAAAAGAGAAGAAGGAUAAGGAGAGAGAGAAUGAGAAGGAGAAAAGUGCGCUCUCCAAAGAGCGUAUACAGAAGAGACAGACGCCGUCGCCCCUUUCUAGUUCCAGGAGAUCCCAAACAGACAGCAGCACCCCCAGACCGAGAACCAGACCCCCGUCUCCUGCCCCUCCCAAAAGUCGGCCUUUAUCGCCUUUAGUACAAGCGGCGGGAACCAAUUCGCCCACGGGUAAGAAGACGCCCCCUCCCGGGUCCAAAACGCGACCCAAACGGGCCCAGACGCCCGCGAGAGUGCAGGCCCAGUCGGUCACGGCGGUCUCCGUGGAAACCGGACAAGAAUCCGAGGAGGCUGAGACACCGGAGGAGAGAAAGAGCUCCAGUAAUACGUCGACCGCCACUCCAGUCUCAUCUCCAGUCCCAAGCACACCAAGUGUGGACUCCUCCUCAAGUGUCACGCCUAGAGAAGAGCUCCCCACUUUAGUCGCCUCUCCCGCGGUUCAGCCUGCAAGCACUGGCAGGCCGUCAGCCGGCACCAACGACCCAGAGGAGGCCGCUCGCGUCCUGGCCGAAAAACGCAGACAAGCCCGCGAGCAGAGGGAGAGGGAGGAGCAGGAACGCCAAGAGCAAGAGCACAAGAACAGAAUCCUUCGGGAGGAGGCGAUGGCUCGAGACGCAGAAGAGAGGAAACGCAGAGAGGAGGAGGCCCGUUUCAUGGCCGAGCAGCAGCGGCUGAUGGAUGAAGCCCAACGAGCCCAAGAGGAGAAGGAGGCCCAGGAGCGAGCCAAAGCCGAGCAGGAGGAAAACGACAGGCUUCAGAAACAGAGAGAAGAAGCUGAAGCGAAAGCGCGGGAAGAAGCCGAGCAGCAGCGCAUGGAACGGGAGAAACACUUCCAAAAAGAAGAGCAAGAACGCCUGGAGAGGAAGAAGCGUCUUGAGGAAAUCAUGAAGAGGACUCGCAAGAGCGACGCCGGCGAUAAAAAGGACGCGAAGGCGUCGCCACAGGUUAAUGGCAAGGACGCGGACCUUAGCAAAGGCGACAAAUUGACGACCCCAACCCCGCCGACCACGGCUAGCCCCGUCGUGAACGGAGUGCAAAACGGCGUCUCUGCUAACGGCGAUUUCGAUCCCAUCAUGCAGCUGAACAGCAGCACUAGCCCCGCCCCCCCUCCAAGCGGGAUGGUUACGGUCGGAGAACCCUUUCUGAUGAAAACGGGUCCGAUGAAACCUCAACACGUGGCAGAAGCGCCGCUCGGUCUCAUUACGCAACUGGCUCAUGUCCAUAUGUUUGCAUGCGGCUCCAGCUGCUGCCGCAUUUCUCCGUUCUAA